UUCGAUGUGAAGGCGCUCAGGGCUUUCCGCGUGCUGCGCCCCCUGCGGCUGGUCUCCGGAGUCCCCAGCCUCCAGGUGGUCCUCAACUCCAUCAUCAAGGCCAUGGUGCCCCUGCUCCACAUAGCCCUGCUCGUGCUCUUCGUCAUCAUCAUCUACGCCAUCAUCGGCCUGGAGCUGUUCAUGGGGAAGAUGCACAAGACCUGCUACAGCCAGGAGGGCGUUGCAGACGUCCCCGUGGAGGAGGACCCCUCUCCCUGCGCCCUGGAGACGGGCCACGGGCGGCAGUGUCAGAACGGAACGCUGUGCCGGCCCGGCUGGGAGGGGCCCAAGCACGGCAUCACCAACUUCGACAACUUCGCCUUCGCCAUGCUGACGGUGUUCCAGUGCAUCACCAUGGAGGGCUGGACCGACGUGCUCUACUGGGUCAAUGAUGCUGUAGGAAGGGACUGGCCCUGGAUCUAUUUUGUUACACUAAUCAUCAUAGGGUCAUUUUUUGUUCUUAAUUUGGUUCUCGGUGUUCUUAGCGGAGAGUUCUCCAAAGAGAGGGAGAAGGCCAAGGCCCGGGGAGAUUUCCAGAAGCUGCGAGAGAAACAGCAGCUGGAAGAAGACCUCAAGGGCUACCUGGACUGGAUCACGCAGGCGGAGGACAUCGACCCCGAGAACGAGGACGAGGGCCUGGACGAGGAGAAGCCCCGCAACAGAGGUGCCCCGGCCAGCUUUCGGGACCAGAAGAAGGGGAAGUUUGCUUGGUUUAGUCACUCCACAGAAACCCACGUGAGCAUGCCCACCAGCGAGACCGAGUCCGUCAACACGGAAAACGUGGCCGGAGGAGACAUGGAGGACGAGAACUGCGGGGCCAGGCUGGCCCGCUACUGGCGCCGCUGGAACCGGUUCUGCCGAAGGAAGUGCCGGGCGGCCGUCAAGUCCAACGUCUUCUACUGGCUGGUGAUCUUCCUGGUCUUCCUCAACACGCUCACCAUCGCCUCGGAGCACUACAACCAGCCGCACUGGCUCACGGAGGUGCAGGACACAGCCAACAAGGCGCUCCUGGCCAUGUUCACGGCAGAGAUGCUGCUGAAGAUGUACAGCCUGGGGCUGCAGGCCUACUUCGUGUCGCUCUUCAACCGCUUCGACUGCUUCAUCGUGUGUGGGGGCAUCCUGGAGACCAUCCUGGUGGAGACCAAGAUCAUGUCGCCCCUGGGCAUCUCCGUGCUGCGCUGCGUCCGCCUGCUCAGGAUCUUUAAGAUCACCAGAGGUUGGAACUCCCUGAGCAACCUGGUGGCGUCCCUGCUGAACUCCGUGCGCUCCAUCGCCUCGCUGCUGCUGCUGCUCUUCCUCUUCAUCAUCAUCUUCUCGCUGCUGGGCAUGCAGCUCUUCGGGGGCAAGUUCAACUUCGACGAGAUGCAGACGCGCAGGAGCACCUUCGACAACUUCCCCCAGUCCCUCCUCACCGUCUUCCAGAUCCUGACCGGGGAGGACUGGAAUUCGGUGAUGUAUGAUGGGAUCAUGGCUUAUGGCGGCCCCUCUUUUCCAGGGAUGUUAGUCUGUAUCUACUUCAUCAUCCUCUUCAUCUGUGGGAAUUAUAUCCUACUGAACGUGUUCUUGGCCAUUGCGGUGGAUAACCUGGCCGAUGCGGAAAGCCUGACCUCUGCCCAGAAGGAGGAGGAGGAGGAGAAAGAGAGGAAGAAGCUAGCCAGGACGGCCAGCCCCGAGAAGAAACAGGAGGCGGCGGAGAAGCCGGUGGUGGAGGAGAUGAAGGAGGAGAAGAUCGAGCUGCGGUCCAUCACGGCUGACGGCGAGUCCCCGCCCACCACCAAGAUCACCGUGGACGAGCUCCAGCCCAAUGAAAAUGAGGAUAAGAGCUCCUACCCCAACCCAGACACCACAGGGCUGCUUGUCUUUCCAGAAGAGGAGGAGGAAGAGCCGGAGAUGCCGGUGGGGCCCCGCCCCCGGCCCCUCUCCGAGCUGCACCUGAAGGAGAAGGCCGUGCCCAUGCCGGAAGCCAGCGCCUUCUUCAUCUUCAGCCCCAACAACAGGUUCCGGCUCCAGUGCCACCGCGUGGUGAACGACACCAUCUUCACCAACCUGAUCCUCUUCUUUAUCCUGCUCAGCAGCAUCUCCCUGGCCGCCGAAGACCCCGUGCAGCACACCUCCUUCAGGAACCACAUGACCGCGUACGGGGCCUUCCUGCACAAGGGCUCUUUCUGCCGGAACUACUUCAACAUCCUGGACCUGCUGGUGGUUAGUGUGUCCCUCAUCUCCUUUGGCAUACAGUCGAGUGCCAUCAACGUGGUGAAGAUCCUGAGAGUCCUGCGUGUCCUCAGGCCCCUGAGGGCCAUCAACAGGGCCAAAGGACUCAAGCACGUGGUCCAGUGCGUGUUCGUGGCCAUCAGGACCAUCGGCAACAUCGUGAUUGUCACCACGCUGCUGCAGUUCAUGUUCGCCUGCAUCGGGGUCCAGCUCUUCAAGGGAAAGCUCUACACCUGCUCCGACAGCUCCAAGCAGACCGAGGCCGAGUGCAAGGGAAACUACAUCACCUACAAAGACGGGGAGGUGGACCACCCCAUCAUCCAGCCCCGCAGCUGGGAAAACAGCAAGUUCGACUUUGACAACGUCCUCACCGCCAUGAUGGCCCUCUUCACCGUCUCCACCUUCGAGGGGUGGCCAGAGCUGCUGUACCGCUCCAUCGACUCCCACACGGAGGACAAGGGCCCCAUCUACAACUACCGUGUGGAGAUCUCCAUCUUCUUCAUCAUCUACAUCAUCAUCAUCGCCUUCUUCAUGAUGAACAUCUUCGUGGGUUUUGUUAUCGUCACCUUCCAGGAGCAAGGCGAGCAAGAGUAUAAGAACUGCGAGCUGGACAAGAACGUCCUCAUCCUGCUCAACACCAUCUGCCUGGCCAUGCAGCACUACGGCCAGAGCUGCCUGUUCAAAUCCGCCAUGAACAUCCUCAACAUGCUGUUCACCGGCCUCUUCACCGUGGAGAUGAUCCUGAAGCUCAUCGCCUUCAAACCCAAGGGUUACUUUAGUGAUCCCUGGAAUGUCUUUGACUUCCUCAUCGUGAUUGGGAGCAUAAUUGAUGUCAUUCUCAGUGAGAUUAACCGCCUGGUCUCCAUGAACAUGCCCUUGAACAGCGACGGCACUGUCAUGUUCAACGCCACCCUGUUUGCCCUGGUCCGAACAGCCCUGAGGAUCAAGACCGAAGGGAACCUAGAACAAGCUAAUGAGGAGCUGCGGGCCAUCAUCAAAAAGAUCUGGAAGCGGACCAGCAUGAAGCUGCUGGACCAGGUGGUGCCCCCUGCCGGCGAUGACGAGGUGACCGUUGGCAAGUUCUACGCCACCUUCCUGAUCCAGGAGUACUUCCGGAAGUUCAAGAAGCGCAAGGAGCAGGGCCUAGUGGGCAAGCCCUCGCAGCGGAACGCGCUGUCGCUGCAGGCCGGCUUGAGGACCCUCCACGACAUCGGGCCCGAGAUCCGACGGGCCAUCUCCGGAGACCUGACGGCCGAGGAGGAGCUGGACAAGGCCGUGAAGGAGGCCGUGUCCGCCGCGUCCGAGGAUGACAUCUUCAGGAGGGCCGGCGGCCUGUUUGGCAAUCACGUCACCGCCUACUACCCAAGCGACAGCCGCAGCCCCUUCCCGCAGACCUUCACCGCGCAGCGCCCGCUGCACAUCAGCAAGACCGCCGGCGCCCCGGGGGACACCGAGUCCCCGUCCCACGAAAAGCUGGUGGACUCCACGUUCACCCCCAGCAGCUACUCCUCCGCAGGCUCCAACGCCAACAUCAACAACGCCAACAACACGGCGCUGGGCCUCCUCCCGCGCCCGGGCGGCCACCCCGGCGCCCUGAGCACGGUGGAGAGCCACGGCGGCGACCCCCUGGCGCCCGCCAGCCCCGGGCAGGACGCGGCCUGGACGCUCCGCUCCGGGAGGAGUCGCUCUGGAGACAGCCAGCUGGCCGUGGCCGGCCAGGAGGAGGCCGCCCAGGACGCGGCCUACGACCGCCUGCGGACGCGUGAUGCGGAGUACGGCAGCGAGCCCAGCCUGCUGGCCACCGAGAUCCUGCCCUCCCAGGACGACGAAAACCGACAACUCACACCCCCAGAGGAGGAGAAGAGGGACUUCCGGCAAUCCCCAAAGAGAGGCUUCCUCCGCUCGGCCUCCCUGGGUAAGGAGCGCUUGUUCCCUGGUCCCUGUGGACCCGGAUGGGAAGUGGCCAACCGGGCCGACCCGACGGGGCUCCGGAGGAAGCCCAAUUCGGCCUAUUUCUGGGAUCGCAUGCUGCCGCUCCCGUGA